CCUCCCACAUCCUUGCACUCCCACGAUCUACUUAUAGUACUCUGCAUUGUGACGCCUAGACGCAUGUCUGCUGUCGUUCUUGUAUGAGAUGUCUUGACUCGCGGACUCGUCCCCAUCAACCACUCUCCAAACCCAUCAUGUCUCUACGACCCGUGCACGACACUCUAGCUCCCCACAUCAACCACCACUGGCUCAUCCGUGAUUUCCCGAGAGACCCUGAAUUCGGUUCAUCUCAUUGGGGCUUGAAACCUUCCUUCGUGCUGUCAGUGUCAAUGGCUUUGGGGACUUUGACCUGGCGACACGGAUGCCAUUGCUCCAGAGCUAGAAUCGACCGAAUCUCCGCCUGAAUCUUGAAUCUUCAUGACUCUUGAAGGUGCACCUUGCACCAAUCGCAUCUGAUUAUUUACUAAAGUACAUUCCGUGUAAUUACCGGCUCACAGUGAAUGGCUGGCUGAUCUUCAUGCUUCG